AUGGCCAAUCUUUGGCCAAGCCUGGUUUUUGCCUUGGCUAUAUGCUUCAUAGCCACCAAUGUAGCAGCUAGUGAUGACAAGCCUUACACUUAUUCAUCUCCUCCACCACCAGUUUACUACAAGUCAUCCCCGCCAUGGUAUCACCACCAAGAAACUCCACCCUAUUACUACAAAUCACCACCACCACCAUCUAAAUCCCAUCCCCCUCGUUAUAUUUACAAGUCACCUCCACCUCCCUCUCCAUCACCACCCCCUCCUUACAUCUAUAAGUCCCCUCCUCCACCAUCUCCAUCACCUCCCCCUCCUUACAUCUACAAGUCACCGCCACCUCCUUCUCCAUCACCACCCCCUCCUUACAUUUAUAAAUCACCACCACCACCCUCACCAUCACCUCCACCACCAUACAUUUACAAGUCACCACCACCUCCAUCUCCUUCACCUCCUCCACCUUAUGUCUACAAGUCACCACCACCACCUUCUCCAUCCCCGCCUCCUCCUUACGUUUACAAAUCACCACCACCACCCUCACCAUCUCCUCCUCCACCAUACAUUUACAAGUCACCACCUCCUCCGUCUCCAUCACCCCCACCUCCCUAUGUUUACAAAUCACCACCACCCCCAUCUCCAUCACCUCCCCCUCCUUAUGUCUACAAGUCACCGCCACCACCUUCUCCAUCCCCACCUCCUCCUUACAUUUAUAAGUCACCACCACCACCUUCACCAUCUCCCCCUCCACCAUAUGUUUACAAGUCACCACCACCUCCAUCUCCAUCACCUCCCCCUCCUUAUAUUUACAAGUCACCACCUCCUCCUUCUCCAUCCCCACCUCCUCCUUACAUUUAUAAAUCACCACCACCACCCUCACCAUCACCUCCCCCACCAUAUAUUUACAAGUCACCUCCUCCUCCUUCCCCAUCCCCACCCCCUCCUUACAUUUAUAAAUCACCACCACCUCCCUCACCAUCACCUCCUCCACCAUAUGUGUACAAGUCACCUCCUCCUCCAUCACCAUCACCUCCUCCACCUUACAUCUACAAGUCACCACCACCACCAUCUCCAUCACCUCCUCCUCCUUACGUAUAUAAAUCACCACCACCACCUUCUCCAUCACCCCCACCUCCAUACGUUUACAAGUCACCACCACCCCCAUCUCCAUCACCCCCACCUCCAUAUGUUUACAAGUCACCACCACCCCCAUCUCCAUCACCACCACCUCCAUACGUUUACAAGUCACCACCACCUCCAUCCCCAUCCCCACCUCCUCCUUAUGUCUACAAGUCACCGCCACCACCAUCUCCUUCACCUCCUAAACCAUAUGAUUACGCGUCUCCUCCACCACCCACUCGUUACUAA